CUCUAUAACAUGGCUGGGGGAACAAGCAUCUGGGUUAGCAGUGAAGCAAAGACAGAUCCAAAGGCAAUCUUCAACCUCCGCCUCCUCUACCUCUUGGUUGCCGUCUCCUGGGCCGGCUCCUUUUAUGGAUUUGAUACAGGGAACAUCGGCGGGAUUCUCACUCUGCCAUCUUUUAAGAAUGCAUUUGGAAUGAGUGGAGUGACUCAGUCUGAGUUGGAUAAUAGAAAGGGAACAAUUGCAAGUAUGCUCGCAGCAGGUGGAUCUACCGGCUCCUUGCUUGCAGCACCAACAUCUGACCACUUUGGUCGAAAAUGGUCGGUCUUUGGCUGGGGUCUGGUGUUCUUAGUUGGAGCGCUGAUGCAGAUGAUCGCCAACCAUGAGGUCCUCCUCGGCGGGCGCUUCAUCGCGGGUAUGGGUGUUGGUGCAUCAUCGAUGCUUACCCCUCAGUUCCUAGCGGAAAAUUCCCCAAAGUCCGUCAGAGGAUCCAUGACCGCCACCUAUAAUCUAAUGAUUGUCACAUCUCUGAUGCUGGCAUUCUGGGUGAAUUAUGGUGUCUCAAAGUGGUCUUUCCCUGGCGUGGAGCACGACAAUGCCCAGUGGCGCUCCGCAAUGGGCAUUCAGUUGAUUCCCGGUGCCCUCUUGUGCUUAAUGAUUCCAUUUGUGCCAGAGACUCCACGUUGGUUGAUCAACCACGGCAAAACCGAGAAGGGACUUGAAAAUAUUUGCAGAUUGCGGAAGCUUCCCGCAGAUCACAUCUAUGUGCAAACUGAAUAUCGUGAGAUUGAGGCACAGGUAAUUCACGAGCAGGAAUGCUUUGCUGGGCAUAGCUACUGGGUUGUCAUGAAAGAUAUUUUCACGUCAAGAAAUAACUUCCAGCGCUUCUUCCUGUCUGUGAUGCUGUUCCUGUUUCACAAGUUUACCGGAACAGACUCGCUGAAUUACUAUGCACCAGAAAUCUUUGUCUUAAUCGGAGUAAAGGGCAGUUCCUCUAGCUUGCUCACUACGGGUAUCUAUGGUGUUGUAAAGACAGUUACCACAAUCAUCUAUGUGGGUUACCUGGUUGACCGAGUUGGACGUCGUAUUCCACUCCUUAUCGGAGCUACAUUGCAAGCAACUGCAAUGCUUUAUCUGGCACUCUAUCUACGGUUUGCCGGAACGAAUACGGAAACAGUAGGAGGAACUCCUGCAGGAGGGAUUGUUGGUAUCAUUUGGAUUUAUAUUUAUGCCUUCGGCUGGUCAUUUGGCCAUUCUGUCGCUUGCUACGUGGUCGCUGCAGAGAUUUUCCCAACGAGAAUUCGAUCCUUCUGUAUGGCGAUCUGCUUUUUCAUUAAUUGGAUAGUGGACUACGGUAUUACUCGAGCAACGCCGAACAUGAUCACCGAGAUGGGUUGGGGUGUGUUCCUGCUUUAUGCCAUGCUGACCUAUUUGGGCGUUAUUUUCAUCUUCUUCUGUUUGCCUGAGAUGAAAGGUCGGUCAAUUGAGAGUAUGGAUAAUUUGUUUGAGCGACCGCUAUGGACGAUGUGGCGACAUGCUUACCCUACCGAGGAAGAGAAAACCCGGUCUGAUGUGCGAGAAGAAAUCAUGGCGGGAAAAUUGAAUGAUCAGGAGGACGAUGGAAAGAGAGACCGCGUGGAGCAUGUUGACUGGUCCUCCGAUCACCACCGCAUUCAGUCUGCGCUCCAGAAAUCUCUCAACGAUCUGGGCCUCGAGUAUGUGGAUCUCUAUCUUAUGCACUGGCCGGUCACAUUACCUACCUCAACCCCCGAAGCAUACGGAAGAGAGGAUCGCACCGUCCACGACCCGGACUGGGACUUUACUGAUACGUGGAGUGAGAUGGAGAAGCUGCCUGGGACAGGAAAAGUAAAGGCCAUUGGAGUAGCCAAUUUCUCAACAGUAAAUUUGAGAAAAUUACUGGAGAGUUGCAAAGUUGUCCCUGCUGUGAACCAGACAGAAAUUCAGCCAUUGCUUCCUCAGAAGAAGCUUAAUGCGCUGUGUAUACAACACGGGAUUCAUCAAACCGCAUUUGGUCCUCUGGGCGGCAGUGGAAGUACACUUCACGAGAAUCCAGUUAUCACUUCCAUCGCCGAGAAGAGAAGAUGCAGUUCUGGUAAUGUGUUGCUUAGCUGGGGCGUGAGGAAAGGUUGGAGCCUGAUCCCGAAGAGCACGAACCCAGCGAGAGUUGCCUCCAAUCUACAGAAAUGCUUCGAUAUGGCUGACGAAGAGACCGCGCAAAUUGACAAUUUGGUCACAACACUUGGAGGAAAGCGAUUCAAUCGUCCAAACUGGGGGACAACUAUCUUCCAUGACGAUGAAGAGGCGAACGUGCAAUAG